AUGAACGGUGAGUUUGCAGACUUUUUGGCUAUAAUAAAAACAAAGAAGAAAUGAAUUCAGAUCGACCUAUCGAUGAAGCUUUGCUUGAUCCAGUAGUUCGUCUCAAGAAAAUUAUUGGAUCCGCUGAGCAAAUGAAAGUAAGCGCACAAGUUCCGCUCCUUCGCUACUAUCGAAGUCUUUUGGAAAUGGAACGUAUGGCAUUCAGCUAUAUUAAAGAUAUGAACUUGGAACGCGCCUUUAUUUUGUUAUAUCGAUUCUCUUGGUUUGCGAUCAGUGAAUUGAAAACACAUCCGGAUUAUGAGCAUCACGAUUCAGCAGAGAAGAAACAAGUUAUUGCAAGUUUGACGAAAAACAUGGAGUUGGCAGAUCAGCUAAAAAAUGAGAUACGGCAAGCUUAUCAAUUACAAUCUGAUUAUUACAAUUUCGAGGAGCAACAGCGAAAAUUACGGCUCACGGUAAGAUUUUUCCCGCUGAAAACAGUAUUGAAAAUGUAUCUCUAAAUAUUUGCAGCACUUCGAAGAAUGGCUUGCUACACGAUCUGAAGCCCUCCUGAAAUCCGCGGAACUAUUGAAGAUCGCAGAAGCCGGAACACAUCGAAUCGGUAAACUUUGCUUCUUGUUUGUAGUUUGCUCAUUUCACGGCUGAUUCACCCGCAUUAAUCCAAAUAACCAUAGCAACAUUGUAGCAAACAUCAGAAGCAUAAAUCAUAUUUUACUCUUUUUUUGCAGGAAUGACGAUGGGGCAUGUUUUGCCUGUUCAAUUGCAACCCGAUGAAAUGCACGCGCAAAAUAGUCCACCAAGGAAGCGCGAAAAAAGUACGACACCGGAUUCAAAGAAUAUUUCGCCGGAUGGAGCGCCGAUUGUGUAUGUGAACCGGAAAUUUUCAUUUUGGGGGCUAAAAUACCUUUUGUUCAACAGAAUAUAGUGUUUCUAGGCCAAAAUAGACAGUAGAAAAUAACAAGAAAAAUAGAGAAAUGAGAUCUUUUUUUCGCAUUAUAAAUGUCAUUGAAAACGUUGCGGUCACGUGCUGCGUGUUUCAUUUUCAAAAUUUCAAUGUUUUUUUUUCAUUUUCAGAGAAAUUCAGAAAAUGAAAAUGUAGCGCUUGACGGUUUGGGCUGGAAAUGUUCUGCAUAGAUUUACGGAAUAAGAUUUUCUAAAAUAAAAACCACAAUUUCCCUUAAUGUUUCCUAAUUUUUCCAGCGAUCCUCAAGUAACUACAGAUGGAAUUGAUUUCGCUGAUGUGAUCCCCGCAAAACGCCCAACUGCCAUAACUUCUCCCCCAGUCGUUCCCGGAACAUCGAGCACUUCUGCCUUCAGAUCUGUGAAACCGGAUAACUUUGCUCAAGAAUAUCCAGGCCUCGAUGAUCCGCCAGAAGUUUGCAGAUCCAAUAAACCAGGUGCUCCGGUCACCGAAAGUUUCGGCAAAACAAUGGCAGUUCCAAGUGAUUUGGUGGAUAAAUUCCUGGCGGCCUGCGAAAAUAAUACAUUGAGAAAUGUGGAAACUUGCGGGAUUCUCGGAGGAAGUUUGGUUCGUGAUCGAUUUGUGAUAACUCAUGUUGUGUUGCCGAAACAAAGUGGAACUUCGGAUGGAUGUUCGUCGGAAGAUGAUGUUGGAGUUGCCACUGUUUUAUCAUCCAAUAAUUUGUUAUCUUUGGGUUGGAUUCACACACAUCCAUCGCAAACUGCAUUUUUGUCGUCGGUUGAUUUGCAUACACAUCAUGGAUAUCAGCAAAUGAUGGAAGAGUCGAUUGCGAUUGUUUGUGCACCAUCGCAUAAUAGGUAUAGUUUAGGAGUUCGAAUUUGGGAAUAUUUUCUCUCUCUUUUCUAAUUGGCCUGAAAUCUCAAUUUUUUUUUCAGCGUUGGAACAUUUGUGCUAACUUCCGAAGGCAUGACAUCAAUAGGAAAUUGCGAUCAACGUGGAUUCCAUCCGCACCCAGAAGCUCUGGAUAAACUUUUUACCAGCGCCUCUCAUGUUCAUUAUACACCUACAGUAUCCGCCGAAAUUGUGGAUUUACGAUAA